CGCACGAGCUCUCCAGCUCGCCCGCUCCUGGCCUGACCCCCACCAAGGCCCAUACCGCAGUCGGCUCCUCGGGCUGCUCCUCGGAUCUCAAACGUAUUGGAUGUUUGCUAAACUAAAAUGUUUUCCUGCCACCACUCCCAACCUGCCUGAGCUUCGUUACCAUUUGUGUCUUCCUGACUCCCUCCUGUUAGCCUUUUCUUCCCUGAGACUGGGAAAACUCAAGAUGCCACUAUCUCUUUCUCAAAAUUGAGGUUAAAAAUGGUCUCCAGGAUGGUCUCUACCAUGCUAUCUGGCUUACUGUUUUGGCUGGCAUGGGGAUGGACUCCAGCAUUUGCCUACAGCCCCCGGACCCCUGACAGGGUCUCAGAAACAGAUAUCCAGAGGCUGCUUCACGGCGUUAUGGAGCAAUUGGGCAUCGCCAGGCCCCGAGUGGAGUAUCCAGCUCACCAGGCCAUGAAUCUUGUGGGCCCUCAGAGCAUUGAAGGUGGAGCUCAUGAGGGACUUCAGCAUUUGGGUCCUUUUGGCAACAUCCCCAACAUCGUGGCAGAGUUGACUGGAGACAACAUUCCCAAGGACUUCAGUGAGGAUCAGGGGUACCCAGACCCUCCAAAUCCCUGUCCUGUUGGUAAAACAGUAGAUGACGGAUGUCUAGAAAACACCCCGGACACCGCAGAGUUCAGUCGAGAGUUCCAGUUGCAUCAGCAUCUAUUUGAUCCGGAACAUGACUAUCCAGGCUUGGGCAAGUGGAACAAGAAACUCCUUUAUGAGAAGAUGAAGGGAGGAGAGAGACGAAAGCGGAGGAGUGUCAAUCCGUAUCUGCAAGGACAGAGACUGGAUAAUGUUGUUGCAAAGAAGUCUGUCCCCCAUUUUUCAGAUGAGGAUAAGGACCCAGAGUAAAGAGAAGAUGCUGGAUGAAAACCCACAUUACCUGUUAGGCCUCAGCAUGGCUUAUGUGCACGUGUUAACGGAGCCCCUGUGAAUGACAGCAUGUUUCUUACAUAGAUAAUUAUGGAUACAAAGCAGUUGUAUGUUGAUAGUGUAUUGUCUUCACACGAUGACUCUGCUUUCUGCUAAAUUAGAAUAAGAGCUUUUUUGUGUUUUGGGUUUUUAAAAUGUGAAUCUGCAAUGAUCAUAAAAAAUUAAAAUGUGAAUGUCAACAAUAAAAAGCAAGAUUAUGAAAGGCUCAGAUUUCUUGCAGUUUAAAAUGGUGUCUGAGGUCGUACUAUGUUGGCCAAGUCUAUAAAAAGCUGGCAUUCGAUUUUGAUUAUGAAGUGCAUCCAGCCCUUGGGCAUUGUUCUACACCAAUAAAGAAGGCUGGACUCAAGAGGAGGAGCUGACACAUUUCACUUGGCUGCGUCUUAAUAAACAUGUAUGCAAGCAUUGG